AUGAGACCGCGACAAAAUCAUGAUGUUAUGACAGCUGUUGCUUCCACCAUUAACUCCUCCGUGGCGUCUUCUUCGUCACGUUAUUCUACAUGUUCACCGUUUGGUUCUCGGAUGUCUGUGAUCGGUGCGGCACAUCCAGAUGUAGUCCGAAUUAGAGUUUAUAAACCAGCUCGCGUUAAUUGUGAACCAGAGUCCAAAAAAUUGUGUGUUGAUCCACGUUUAACAAGUUAUAAUAAAUUACAAUAUCUUAUUGCUCAAGCAUUUGAAAUUAAAACAGAUUUUGUGAUAUAUGCAAUUAUUAAAGAUUCCUAUGGACAUGAAACGACAACAGCUAUCUGGAAUGAUUGGGAUUUAGAUGCAGCAUUUCAAAAUGUAGUACAUGAUACAUGCUUAAAAUUACGCUAUGAAUUAACUCACACAGAAGAUGGUUUAGACGAUUGGGAUUUUAUACAAGUUGGUGAUUUUAAUUCGAACAUUCGCUGGUACAACGUUGAUAAUCGAGCUAUAAUAGCGACGGUCAAUCAAAAAGCUGGAAAAGCUGCAUCAGUCUUAAAUAAAGCUAUUAAUUGGAUGUAUGGUGUUAACGGUCGUCGUAACAGUCGUCCACUUUGCGAAACUAAUUUCAAAAAAUUUCUUGAUUCUGAAGGAAGAUUGAUACAUCAUAUUGAAUUAAGACAAUUUAUAUUCGAAGGUGGAAUAGAACCAUCGAUUCGUAAAGUUGUUUGGAGACAUUUAUUAAAUAUAUUUCCAAUGAAUAUGACUGGACUUGAAAGAAUUGACUAUUUAAAAUCUAUCAAUAUUGAAUAUGAGAAAUUGAAAAUGAGAUGGACACAUGACAAUGAAGAAUGUAAGAAAAAAACAGAGACAAUUCGUUGUAUAAAGCAAACAGUGAGAAAAGAUGUGAUACGUACCGAUCGUACAUUUGGAUUUUAUGCUGGAUCUGAUAAUAAUGUGAAUAUACAAUCACUAUUCAAUAUUUUAACAACAUAUUGUGUUAGUCAUCCAAGUGUUACUUAUUGUCAAGGAAUGAAUGAUUACGCGGCAACAUUACUAUAUGUUAUGAGAGAAGAAGCUUUAACUUAUAUAUGUUUUUGUUCUAUAAUGAGAAGAAUUCGAGCAAAUUUUGCUACCGAUGGUGUAGUUAUAGCAACUAAAUUUCAGCAUUUGAAAAUAUUAUUUCAAGCUAUUGAUCCAAUCUAUUGGGAUUAUCUAUGUACGGCUGAUGCAGUAAAUUUAUUAUUUGCCUAUCGUUGGUUACUAUUAGAAUGUAAACGUGAGUUUCCAUUCAGUGAUGCAUUACGUGUACUCGAAGUGAUGUGGUCAGCAUUACCUGUUGAAACUGAACCACCAUUAUUGAGUGAAAUACCAUUGUUAGCAACAUUAGAUUCAAAUGAAAAAUUAUGUUUUACGUGUACAAGUAGUCGAUCAGCAUCACCAAUCAAUUAUUCUAUCCGACGUGCAAUUAGCUGUCCUGAUCUACGUCUAUCAGUACAACAAUCCACAUUACAAGGAAUGGAUCGCUAUUUGUCGCGUUUUGAUGAUAAUUCAACUCACCAUUUACUAAAUAUCUCAUGGCCUAAUAUUACUCGUCCGGUAACUAAAUAUCGUCGACAACAUAUAAAAUAUGUUGCUGAUGAUUACUCUUAUUCUUGCAUGUCAUCACUUCAAACACCAUCCCAGUCGCAGCAACAACAACUACAACAACAGCUACAACAUCAAAGAAGUUUUGAAAAUUCAUUUUCUAUAUCAGAACUAUCUGAAUUGGAAUGUGAUACCAUGAAUCAAGCAGUCACGGCAACACAACUAGCGUGGAUAAAUCGUUUGCCAUCAUGUAAUAUAUGGUUAGAUGAAGAUAAUCCGUUUUUGUUAUUUUUAUGCAUUUCAUUAUUGUUGACUCAUCGUGCAUAUUUAUUAAAAAAGAAAAAUUUAGAUGAACAAGAAAUCGCUAUGCAUUUUGAUCGCUAUCGUCGAAGACAUCAUGCCGAUCGAAUUUUAAAUUGUACGAGGACUUUAUAUUCACAGUAUAUGCAAUGGGCAAGAAAAAAACGUAUGAUGGAUGAUCUUUCUCAAUUUUCAACUAGUUAG